AUAUGUUUAAAAAAAUAUCCGGAACCGAUGGGUACAUUUACUUGUCUAUUCUUGUACCUUAUAGAAAUUAAAAAAAAAAAAAAAAAAAAAUCCCGAAGACAAAGGAAACUGGACUUUGCCCUUAAGGUUGCAGUUCAGUCACCAAACCAGUCACCCCCACCGUGUUUCAUGUGACUUCUUCCACUUGUACUUUUUCUCCAGUGGACGUUCCCCGCCGCAGCGACCGCGACAACGUCGGUUCCUCCAAAGCAGCUCUUGUCUCUUCCGCCGUUCCGCCACUUUGACACGCAAGCUCGUCGCCACGGACCCAGGACCAGCCAGAAGGAGACGUGUGCCUCCUCUGAAGAAUGGAAGGUUACGAAUACCCACUUUCAGUUCAAGGAAACUGGGUACCAAAUGCUGCUAAAGUAAAGAACAAGCUCCAGAUUUACUUCCAGAGUGCAAAGAAAUCUGGUGGGGGAGACUGUAAAGUGGAAUAUGAUGAGAACAACAAUACAGCAACUGUUUGGUUCAAUUCUGAAGAGGUUAGGAAAAGGAUUCUUCAAAGGAAGAGUCAUGUCAUCACUAUAGAUAGUAAGGAACUGAACCUCAGUAUAUCAUUAGAAAAACCUGGUAACAGUUCUACCUUUGCCCAUGUGGAAAAGGUGCCAAGUAAAAAGUCAGAUGCUGGACAGGAAGUUGCACGUGCUGAUCUAAAUGUUGAGGACAGAAACAAACAACCACCUCAGACUAAAAUGAUUGUGCUGGAAAAUGUGAAGGAAAAUAUGCAAAAAGAAAUGUUAGGACUAAUGUUGGAGCAAAUCGGUAAUUUAUCAGAAGAUAUGUUUUCUCUAGAGCUCAUUACUGAGAUCAACAAAGCUGUCAUAUCCUUCACAAAUACCGAAGAUGCAUCCCAGUUCCUCAAGGACUGCUCCAGCAACAGGCGAUUUCAGCAGUAUGGUCUCAGCGCCAGGCCUCUGGAGCAGACCAGGAGUGUGAAGGUAGAGAAUCUGCCCUCUGAAAUUUCAGAAGACUUCUUGGAGUUAAUGUUUGAAAGGGAGAAGGAGGGAGGAGGCCCAGUGGAAACCAUUAAAAUGAUACCUGAAGAGCAAGCAGCAAUCAUCACUUUCAUGGAUCCUAAAGUUGUGGAGACUGUGCAGAACAAAAAAUGGCAAAUCAGAAAAACCUCUGUUAAUGUGUAUCCUUACUAUGGGUCUUUCGAAAUGGCUCUUUAUGGUAAAGACAGACCAAAAUGGAAAAUGCCUAACCCCUUUACUCAAGGCAUUAAUUAUGGUCUUUGGUCAUUUCUACAUAAAAAGGAGCAAAUAGACAUCAUUAAAGAACACAUGAAAAACAACUUCUGUGAAGCAGACUUUGAGACAUCCAUUGUGAAACUCAGCCCAUUACCAGACCUAUUGAGAAAAAGAGGUCUGACAGUCAAACACAUAAAUGACUGGCAGAAUAAUGCAACUGAAAUGUUCCAGAAAGUCCUUUCCAAGUACAAGACAUUUGAAUUUCAUGUGAGUUCUUCUGUGUGGAGCCAGACUGAAAGAGUUAUUGAAAGUGCGGUGAAAGAGGAUGUUUCUUUGGAGUACGAUAGCGCAAAAGGAACUCUGACAAUAGCAGGUUUUACUAAUGAUGUAGACAGGUUAAAAUCAGUAGUAGAGGGAACAGUUCAAAACGUCACUAGUAAAAUUGAAAGAGAGAAUAACAGUGUCUCCAUGGAGAUGGAUCUGGAAGCUGAAGUGUUCUGCAUCCUGCAGAAAGAAGGGAUUCAGCAGAGAGCUCAAGAUAAAUUUCCAGAACUGAAGUUUGAUUAUAAACCAGAUGCCAAGAAAUUGGUAUUUGUUGGUUUAUCUAAUGAAAUUUUAAGCACAAGAAAUGACAUUUUGGAAACAAGGCUGCAGAUGAAGAAAAAGCAUGUGGAAGUUGACCCCAGCCUUCUGAGCUUUCUUAAUGCAGUGAACAAUGUAGAGAUGUCAUCUCAGAUAUUUACCCCUCAUAACAUUAAUGCCCUGUACAAAAUUCAUCAAGGGGUGGUAGAGAUAAUCAGCAUCUCCGAACAAACUUUGAUUCAGGCAGAGACAGAGCUGAAGAAGGUCCUGGUGACUCAAUGUAUUGAUACCGAGGACAAAGAACUGCUAAGGAAACCAGAGUGGUUGAAUUUAGAAGAAGACCUCAGGAAGACCUACAACACCACCAAAAUAACAAUUGAAAUAAAACAUGUUGGAAAUGGAAAAAUAACAAUAUGUGGAAUAAGUAAUCAUGUGAAGAGGGUGUAUGAACUCAUGUCGGAUUUUAUUAAUAAGAACACACAAAUUGAGGAGUGUGUCCCAGUGCAGUUAAGUGUGCUUUUGAAGUUCAUACAGGACAUCAAAUCAGAGUUUUGGAAGAAGGGUACAAGUGGUAAAAAUGUGGAGGUAGCUUUUGAAUUCAGUGGCCCACAGAUAAAACUGUCUGGGGGAAGGCUCUAUGUUCAGGAAAUGAAGGCUUCAUUAUUACAACUAACAUCUUCUCUCUACACUGAUUGCCUGAGAAUUUCAAAACCUGGGGCAAGAGAAUUCUAUCUGGAAAAAGAGAAAAUGAUCAGUGGGAUCCUCAUGAAAGAUUGCAAUUGCAUGGUGAUGCUGCAGGAGAAAAAUGUGGCUAUGCAAGAGGCAGAAGACCACAUAGUGUGCACAUCAAAUACUGAAUCCCUAUCGAAUAUCCAGGAUGUGGAACCACUAAAAACGAUUAGUCAUGAUCACCCAGAAAAACAGAAAACCAGAGAUGGCCUUGAGAUAAACACUAAAGAAGGAUUAAGCAUUAUUCUCAAGAAAGGAUACAUUCAGGAGGCUAUAUCUACCGUGAUUAUCAGCAGCAUCUCUAAAGACCUGGAUCUCAGUGAUGGAGGUCUCUCCAAGGCCAUUUUGCAGGCAGCUGGUCCUGAGCUUCAAGAUUUUGUUCAAAAACAAAGAGUAAAUACCCCUGCUGAGGAUGGUGAUGUUGUUGUGACUGAUGGCUGCCAACUGAAGUGUGACACAGUCUUCCACACUGUGUGUCCCCAGUGGGAUAAUGGAACAGGUCAAUCAGAAAAGAUUCUUAGAGAGAUUGUACAAAAGUGUUUCAAGCUGGCUGAGAAGCAGGAAGCUCAGUCUAUCUCCUUCCCAGCCAUCGGCACAGGCAACCUGGACUUCCCAAAGGACCUGGUAGCUAAAAUGAUGCUUGAGGAAACGCUCAAAUACAGCAAGUCUUGUCCAAUUCACCUUCAGGAAGUGUUUUUUAUUGUCCAUCCCAGCGAUACUGAAACAGUUGAGGCCUUCAGUAAAUUCUUCAACAGUCAAGGGCAGAAGGAUGGACAUGAUGCAGAGCAGCCGAUACACGACUCUGGUUUCUUUGGCCAGAUCUCCACACCCGACAAGGGGGUUUACAGGAUGCAGAUUAGUCACCUUACCCUUGAAGUGUCGUCAGGAGACAUCACAAAACAGGACACUGAUGUCAUUGUCAACUCCUCCAGUCCAGAUUUUACCCUUAAAACAGGUGUCUCUAAAGCUAUCUUGGAGGGAGCUGGCAAAGCUGUGGAGUCACAGUGUAAAGAUUUAGGCUCAAAACCAAAUGAAGGAAUUAUAAUGACAUCUCCAGGAAACCUACCAUGUAAAAACAUCAUUCAUGUUUAUAUCAAAAAUAAUACAGCAGACAUCAUGGAUAAAAUUCUGUCAGUUCUCCUGAUGUGUGAAGAGAAGAAGUUUAAAUCUGUUAGCUUUCCUGCACUGGGUACAGGGAAAGGGGGCAUAUCUGCAUCCGCAGUUGCUGAUGUAUUGAUGGAUGCUGUAGUGGAAUUUGAAAUGAAGAGAAAAAGGCAUCAUUUGCAGACUAUGAAGGUGAUCGUCUUUCAGACGGAGAUGAUUGCAGAAUUUCAUGAAAGCAUGCAAGCAAGAGAGGGUACAGCCCUGCCAAAUGCUGGUAAACAAAAGUCCUGGUUUACCAGUGCAUUUGACAAAUUAACAGGUCUCUUUAAGACCCCCAGUGAGAAUGAACCAAAAGCCAGGAAGCCUGACCUGCUCACCAGCAGACCCAUAGAAAGGAACAUCUCUCCUACAACCUUUCAGUUCUGUGCUGAAAGCCUUCAAGAUGUUACUAAGGCCAAAGAAUUUCUGGAAGAUCUCAUUUUAAAAGAGCAAAUGCAGAAAACCAUCAAAGACAGAUGCAUUUCCCAGUUAACCUUAGAAAAUAUUAGAAGGAUUAAAGAGCUUGAGGAGAAGCAUAGGGUUCUAAUUAUUAUGCAUGAAAGCGCUCCUGACCCAUACAUACAGCUGGAGGGCCUCACCCGAGAUGUGAUGAGUGUUGAUGGUGAGAUACGAGACAUGAUCAAGGAAAUUGAACGUGCUGAGAGUCUUUUACGUGAGGCCAAAAUCCAAAGCUCCUUAGUCCAGUGGACGUAUAAGUCCGAGGAUGAUCAUUUUGAGGCUUUUGACGCUUUGACAAACCUCCAUCUCGAAAAAGCUUUUCAAAACAAAAAUUCUCAUUUGGAUCUCAGGAUCAACAAUAAGGAUUACAAAGUUAAUUUUCAGACUUUCAAGGCCGAAACAUGGGGAGCUACAUUUGAUGUUAAAAGAACUGAGCUGAAAGGAGUAAACAUUCCAAGUCACUGGGACCCAAUGAAUAAUUCUGAAACAAAACAAAUUGAACUGAAGACAGAUUCUAACGAAUUCCAAGAAGUGAAAGAUUUGUUCAGAGCAACCUCUUCAGAUUUCACUGUUAAAAAGAUUGAAAGAAUUCAGAAUAGUUCACUGUGGCAAAACUACCAGAUUAAAAAGAGGCAAACUGAUGAAAAAAACAGCCACAGCAAUAAUGAGAGACGACUCUUCCACGGAACCAGUGUGGACACCAUUCAGAAAAUUAAUGCCCAUGGUUUCAAUCGCAGUUUUCAUGGCAAAAAUGCUGAUGUGUAUGGGAAUGGAACAUACUUUGCAGUUGAUGCAAAGUACUCAGCACAGGGCACAUACUCAAGCAUGGAUGACAAGGGGCAGAAGUAUAUGUAUCUGGCCAGAGUGAUAGUGGGAAACUACACUCGAGGACAAAAAGGUCUGCGUGAACCUCCUCCUAAGGAUCCGACAAACCCCACAGACCUCUACGACAGCGUGGUUGAUAAAAAGGAUAACCCAAGCAUGUUUGUUGUAUUUCAUGAUGUGCAAGCUUACCCUGAAUACCUAAUCACUUUUUGUCAGUCUUAAAUAGGGAUUAUUCCUUUGUACAAGAGUACACUAAAUUGUGAUAGAUUUAAGUAACGCAGAGAACAGUGUGAACCAGUGCAGUGCAGUUAUUUUGUUUUUAAAAAAGUAAUAAUAAGAAUAGGUGCAAUUUUCUUUUGUUGAAGAAGAAAAACAUAAAAUGCAGACCAAUAAUAUGUUGUACCUUUGGCAGAAAAAAGCUUUGUUUUUUUUUUUUUUGCCACCUGAGGAAUUUGGGUAAGAACUGUUUUUAUUUCUGUGUUGCAUGCCCAGCUCCCUUCAAGUAUUCCCACAACAUAUCAUUUAGAUUUCAGUUUUUGCUCUCUCUUGGUGACUCCUAAAGUCUCACUUUGUUCUAUCUGAGCAUUCAGCUGUGGGUUUGCUCAUGUUUUGCACCCUUGUCCAAAGACCGUUUUUCAUACUGUUUUUGACGGCCUUACAUUCUUCUUCAGUAUUCUUUGGAACAUCGUGGAAUACAUAGUUCAUUCAGUAAUAGCAUAUGAUUAAUUGUUGAUAAUUUCAAAGUAACUCAUACCAUAAUGCUCCUACCACCAUCUUUUGGAACAGCCAAAUAAUUCCAACUUUGACUCACCUCUCCGGAGUAUAUCAGUCCACGAGUCAUAUUUUAAGCUCAGGUGACCCCUGGCCGACAUCAAAUGCGAGUAAACUUUUUUGGCAGUGAUUUGAAAUGUUUUCCAUUUGUAAACAUCUUUUAGAGUAAAUUAUGUCCUUGCAUAUUCUUUGAAAUCGCUUUGUAUGGGAUAAGUAAUGUUGUUGCUGCUACUUCUGCUGUGCUUUAUUACACUGAGCCUUACAUUUAACUGUGAUUAAGCAAUCCAUGAACACAGCUCAGACAUAAUACAGUACAGUUCCAAUGUUUUUGUUGGUGGCCGUAUGUUUGUAACAUUAAAUAAAUUUAAAAUACCUAAUAUUCCAA